AGAAUGACUUGAGUAGGCCUCCGCGAGCGUGGACUCCCUGCGAGCUGCAAAACGUCCAAUGGGAGGGCGCGCGGGGGAAGCGGCCAGCCAAUGGCUACGCCGCGGGGGCGGGGCUGUUCCGUGGGACAGGCCCGGCGGAAGGCGGGCGGGCUCAUUCUCGCCUGAGCCGUCUCGUCGCUGUGGUCGCAGGAGCUGCGGCGGCGCUAUGGGGGCCUCAGAUUCUUUCUUGUCUUCCUACGCCGGCCUCUUCUACUGGGUCGGGGUGUCGAGCGUCGCCUACUUCGUGUGGCUGCAGCUUCAGCGCGUAGUUUAUGCCGUCCGCCUGUGGGUGCUGGGCAACCCGGCGGCGGUGGGCCCGCACCUGGGCGCGUGGGCAGUUAUCACGGGAGCUACUGAUGGAAUUGGAAAGGCAUAUGCAGAAGAGUUAGCAAGGCGUGGAAUGAAGGUGGUUCUUAUCAGCAGAUCUCAGGAAAAAUUGGAUCAGGUUGCCAAGGAAAUAAGAGAGCGGUUCAAGGUGGAAACGAAAACCAUUCCUGCUGACUUUGAAGAGCGUGAAUCUAUUUACAGAAACAUAAAAGCAGGCCUGGAAGGUCUCGAGAUUGGUGUCCUAGUAAAUAAUGUGGGUAUGUCAUAUACUUAUCCUGAAUUCUUCCUUGACAUUCCAGACGUAGAUAAAACAAUUGACAAGCUGGUGAAUAUUAAUAUCAUAUCUGUGUGCAAGAUGACACGAUUGGUGCUGCCCAGCAUGCUGGAAAGGUCCAAGGGAGUUAUAUUAAACAUUUCCUCUUUUACUGCGAUUAACCCAACUCCAUUGCUGACUGUGUAUUCUUCAACCAAGGCUUUUGUUGAUUACUUCUCUGAAGGUCUCAGUGCAGAGUACAAAAAUAAAGGUGUCAUUCUGCAGAGCGUUCGGCCAUAUUUUGUAGCUACAAAAAUGACCAAAAUCCGUAAACCAUCAGCCUUUAAACCUACUCCUGAAGCCUAUGUAAAAAAUGCCCUCAACACCGUUGGUCUUGAGACACAAACUUCUGGAUGCGCAACCCAUUCAUUGGUGGCCUGGUUUAGCAGGUUUGUGCCCAAGUGGUAUUUCACAAAGCUGGCCCUUGACACGAACCUAAAACUGAGAGCUUAUUAUUUGAAGAAAUUAAAGGAGAAUUGAGUUGCAUCAUCAUGACCAAUUUGUUGGUAGUUCUGUGGAGCGAAAUACUGGUCAUAUCUUAAAGUUCUUUCGAAUGGGAUUUUCUUUUGGGACCACAGUCCAGCGUGAACAAAGAGAAAACUGAGGAGCAUGGAAAAGGCAACCAGCAACAUGUUGAUUUUGUUUGUUGUUGUUCUGCAUCAUUGUUUUAGAAUAUGCUUUUUCGAUGUGACUUGGAACAGUAACGGGUACUUGUAGUUACUAGCUUUACUAAAAUGCACUUAACACCAACAGAUGUUUGGUUUGGGAAAUGAUGUCAAUGUGAUAAAUUUGACAGAAUUUGAUGUGGAACAUUGUUGGUGUUGGUACAGAACAACACUAAUAUUGGUAUUGAACUGGUCAAUGCAGUAUUUCUUUCAUUAAAUAUUUGUUGUCAUUUAUUUUUA